AUGGGUGAUUCGUCAACUAAACCUCCAGGUAAAUUAUCAAAAUUAGGUAGUAAAUUAUUUGGUAAAUCAUCAACAAAUUUACCAACUUUACAACUGAUUGAAGAAUCCAAGAAACAGCAACAACAACAACAAAAAUCACCAGAAUCUAUAUCAUCUCAAUCACAACAACAAAAUAAUAUAUCACCAAUAACAUCUAAUCCAACUCAAAAAAACCCUAUAUCAAAUGAUGAAGAUUUUAUACUAUCUCAAGUUGAAAAUGAUGAUGUAUCAGAAUUACGACAUAUAAAACAACCUCAACCUCAAAAACCAAUCACCACCACCGCCACCACCACCACCACCACAACAAACGGAGUAAUGAAUAAUUCAAAUAGUUCAUCACCGAAAUUAACAUCAACAAGGUCUCAAUCUCCAAUUAAUAAUAAUCAAAUAGUAUCUACAACAACUUCACCAAUACUGAUUUCAUCAUUAGAUCAAAAAUUAAAAAGAUCAAAUUCAACUACUACUGCAAAUUCAAAUCAAAAUAAUUCUUCAAUUAUAACUGAAAAACCAUUAUCAAAUAGACCAUCUCCAUCAGUUUCAAGAUCAUCUUCUAAAAAAAUUCAACAAUUAAAAUCACAACCAAGUACAUCAACAACUCCUCAAUUUAAUAAAUCUAAAAAUGAAUCAACCACUUCCCUUGUAUCUCAAACACCUCAACAACAACAACAACAACAACCUCAAUUACCAAGAUUUGUAAUGUUGGAAGAUGGAAAUCAUGAACAUCAUUUAAAAUCAGCUAAAAGACAUGAAAAGUUAUCAAAUAUGUUGAAAGAUUUAUUAGGUGCUAAAAAAUUAAGAGAUGGUGCUAAAUCUGCAGUCCCUGAUAUUUUACAAGGUGCAAUGCAAUCUUCAACUUCUCAAUUACAAUCAUCACAAAAUCAACAAAUUCAACAACAAUCACAAUCACAAGUAAAACCACCAACUUUAUUUGCUGGAUUAGUAAAUCAAGUUAGAAACCAUACUUCACCUUAUCAUCAACCAGGUACUACUGAAACUGUAAAUCAUAGCAAUACCACCACCACAGGACCUGAUUGUAGAUCAUUUGUUGAAAAAUAUGGGAGAUGUCAAGAAGUUAUAGGUCGAGGAUCAUUUGGAGUUGUUAGAAUAUCACAUAAAAAAAUAGAAUCAGCUGAUCAAAGUCAAUUUCUUGAAAAUGGAUCCACUACAACCACUCAAACAGAAACUACUCCACAAUUAACAUCAACAUCAUCAGUUAAUUCUUUAGUACCAUCUCAACAACAGCUACAACAACAAGAAAAACUAUAUGCAGUAAAAGAAUUUAAAAAGAAACCAUCAGAAAGUGAAAAAAAAUAUAAUAGAAGAUUAACUUCAGAAUUUUGUAUAUCAUCAUCUUUAAAACAUCCAAAUAUAAUAGAUACUCUUGAUUUAUUAAAAGAUGCAAAAGGAGAUUAUUAUGAAGUUAUGGAAUUUUGUUCAGGUGGUGAUUUAUAUACAUUAAUUAUAGCAUCUGGAAAAUUAGAAUAUGCAGAAGCUGAUUGUUUUUUUAAACAAUUAAUACGUGGAGUUAAUUAUAUGCAUAAUAUGGGAGUUGCUCAUCGAGAUUUAAAACCAGAAAAUUUAUUAUUAACUCAACUGGGACAAUUAAAAAUUACAGAUUUUGGAAAUUCUGAAUGUUUUAAAAUGGCAUGGGAAACUGAAAUUCAAUUUUCAGAAGGUAUAUGUGGAUCAUCACCCUAUAUAGCACCUGAAGAAUUUACUCAACUGACUUUUGAUCCAAGAUGUGUUGAUAUUUGGUCAUGUGGAGUUAUAUAUAUGGCAAUGAGAACAGGUCGACAAUUAUGGAAAUUAGCUGAUCCUCAAAAGGAUGAAUUUUUUGAAGAAUAUUUAACAAAAAGAAAAGAAUCUUCAGGUUAUGAACCUAUUGAAUCAUUAAAAAGAGCAAGAUGUAGAAAUGUUAUUUACCUGAUAUUAGAUCCUAAACCAGAAAGAAGAAUUACUGGGAAACAAAUUUUAAAUAGUGAAUGGGGUAGAGAAAUUAAAGUUUGUGAUGCUGGUGAUGCUAAAACUAAUUAA